AGCACCACACAGAUGCGUUUCUCUCUCCGAGGGCGCAAUGUCGCACACAGGAGUUUUGCAUCCGUCUAGGAACAUCCACAGGUAGUUGCAGUCACCACUUUUGCAUUCUCUUUGGAAAAGAAUUUGAUCGAUUUGGACACUUUUUUUUCUUGCUUUUUGUCUAUUAGGUUAUAUUUUUUAUUGUCUUGCCGUUGCAGGCAUAUUAUUUUUACAUACACUGUGGACUAUGCACUACAGCACUACUUAAACACAUAAAACCGACAACGAUGCUUGCUUGUAAACAUUUGCAGAUGCUUUUGCCGUAAGUUUUCGUUUUUGUUUUGUUUUUUUAAAUAUAACGCUUGGAUUUUAUAACAAGUUUGGAUGUGAAGACAAAAGCGGAAUACAAUGGCUAGUGAUUUGAAGCCUCGGUUGUGUGUGAUGAAGAAAGGAGAGAGCGGAUACGGGUUUCAUCUGCACGGAGAGAAAGGAAAAACCGGACAGUACAUACGGAAAGUGGAGCGCGCGUCCCCGGCUGAGGCAUCGGGACUGCGCGCGGGUGACCGUGUGGUAGAGGUGAACGGCGAGAACGUGGAGAGAGAGACACACCAUCAGGUGGUGCAGCGCAUCAAAGCCGUGGAUCAUGAGACCCGACUGCUGGUGGUUGACCGGGAGACCGACGAGUACUUCCGAAGCUUGCGUCUCACUUGCACCGAGGACAUGGCCGUCCCAACCAGUCCUGCAGCCGCGACCCCCUCACCCUCUCCAUCCACCAAUAAACAGGGCAAUGGAUCCGUGUCCAAACGAAGCGAGAUCUCCAAACCCAUCAGGAAACCUCCGUCACGAGCUCCUAAGAAGGAGCUUCAGCCCUCACUGGAGUCCUCGACACGGGACCCAUCUGAGCUUGUACCGAGACUGUGUUUCCUGGUUCGGUCUGAGGCGGGUUACGGCUUUAAUCUGCACAGUGAGAAGUCCAGGCCGGGUCAGUACAUACGAGCUCUGGACCCCGGGUCGCCCGCUGACCGCGCCGGACUCAAACCGCAGGACAGACUCAUAGAGGUGAAUGGAGUGAACAUUGAAAACAUGAGACAUGCUGAAGUUGUGGCCUUCAUCAAGAACGGUGGUAACGAGACGCGUCUGCUAGUGGUGGAUCCAGAGACAGAUGAGCAUUUCAAGAAGAUGGGCAUCACCCCCACCACCAUCCAUGUCAAAGAUUUUGACGAGUCCAUAACUAACGGCUCCUCCAGCCCACACGUGAACGGGACGUCUUCGAGAUCCACAUACUCAGACGGCAGCAGUCAGGACACAAACAUACAGUUCUCGAGGGAGAGCAGCAGUCAUCAUCUCGACCCGUUUGAAGAAACAGGUCUGUGUUUGAGCCCCACGGCGGCGGAGGCUAAAGAGAAAGCGCACGCCAAGCGCGCCAGAAAGAGAGCGCCACAGAUGGACUGGAACAAGAAGCACGAGAUUUUCAGCAAUUUUUGAAUCCUCUUCCCAGACCCCAGUGACGCCCCCCGCCAACCCUAUAUGUGUUGCAUUCAACGCCCUGGACACGUGACUGCUUUUAAUGGGGAAAAAAAGAGGCACCUAUUUUUGUAGAAAAAUGAAAACUUGAACUAUAAAAAGUUGAACAACUCACCCGGAGAGGAGAAUGUCUUGUAAAUGGCUUAGAAAGCCAGCAGAGGGAAAAGCGAUGGUCAGGCUGUUCGUAUAGAGAGAUUUCUGCGUCAUUUUGUUUUCAAACAGGUAGUGUGUUAACAGUAAUGUGUACAGUGGAAUAUCAAAAGCCAAACGAGACUGCAUAUGGAUGGACUACAGCAUACGAACUCGACGGAACAAAAUCAUCCCAUCCGAGAAGAACCAAAAUAAUGAAGCUCAUUUUAUGUCGUACAUGUUUUAUGUGAAUCAUCAUCAGUGAGUGAGAACUGUACUUUUGCCAAAGACACAACCUAUAAUCAACCCGAUCAGCUGAUGUCUUAUGCUUUUGGAUUGUUUUGAAGGGACGUGCCACUGUUGGAAAUCAACUGAAUGAAUUUACUGAGAGGAAGAAAGAAACAGGAGUGACCCACAAACGGGAAUUUGAAAGGGAAUUGCACUUCUCUUCUUCGCCACCAGAGGGCGGUGCACUCUAGGUCAUUGUUAAAGAAGUCAAAAUAUAGUGUGACAUGUUCAACCACCAGAGGGAACAUCACAACACACGCCACUGUCUUACAGACUGCAGGAGUGAAACGUUUGAAUUGAACACGUGCAAAGUUGCAAAAUAUGCCACAAAGAGUCAUACUGGUGCAUUCUGGGACAUGGAUGGAUACUGACAAGGCAGAUGGCAUGCAAGACACCGAAUCGGUUUAGGAAUAAAAGUAAUAAACCUCGUAAAACGAUAAAGAGCAACGUAUAUCUUAUCUACAGAGUUUGAGGAACAGAUGCAGCAGUAUUGAUGCUGAACUUUCUGCAUGAAGACAGCUGGAUAUACACAUUACUGACUCAGACACGGCUGAUUGGGAUAUAUAGGAUUUAUUUAGGUACUGUUAACAAUGCAGACAAUCUUAAAAGCUUUUAAGAGAGCGCUAUAUGCAUUUACGGCACACAUAUUGUGAUAUACAGCAUCAGCAUUACUAUUAUUCAUCUUAAUAAUUCACGAUGCAUUCCAUGUUUGCAAUUUAGUAUUAAUGUAGUGAAGUAGAUCCUGUUGUUUUCUUUCCUGUGCCGCCAUUGAGCACUAAUGGGAAAUCAUCUCCUAUCAGAAAUAUUCAUAUUAGUAUUAUUUUUUUCAAUAAAGCGUGACGCUUACAUUCCGAAUAAGA